ACUCACUGGCUGUAGCCGGUUACCUCCAAUCCGAGAGAAUCUAAAGGGAACAAUCGCUUUAAAAGAACCCUAAUUAUUCAAAUUUCGAACUUGCGCUCUUCAUUUGAAUCUCAUAUUCUCCAUCUCUCUCUACUAAUUAGGGUUUUCUCGAGAUGGGAGCAGCUCACAGCCACGAAGAUCUAGAGAUCUGCGAAUCAGACGAAGAGGAAUACGAAGAGUACGAAGAAGGCAGAGAACAACAAGAAGAAGACGAGUUCGUCGACUCCAGGGACGAUACGUUCGCGUCGUCAUCUUCCUCUCGUCUCCGCCCCAAACCCCCUUCCUCAUCCCUAGACGACGUCGAAUCAAAGCUCAGAGCCUUAAAGCUCAAAUACCCCUCCUCAACCCAACCACAACCACCUCCCUCCACCCAAUCCUCGAUUAAGCUUUUCCGCUACAUCAACGGAAACACCCCCAAAGCCAAAUGGGUCACCGCCGAGAAGUCCACCUCUUACUCCUUCGUCAAAACCUCCCAAGGAGACGACGACGACGACGAGGAUGAGGAUGAUCAAGAAGCCGACUCGGAGAAGGAAUGGUGGGUGCUGAAAGUAGGGAGGAGCAAGAUCCGUCGAAAGGUCUCCGACGAGAUGCAAUUGAAAUCCUACAGAGACCAGCGCCGUGUCGAUUUCGUCGCGAGAGGAGUCUGGGCGCUGAGAUUCGCUACCCUCGAAGACUUCGCAUCGUUCGCGAGCACUUACAACAGCUGCUUGUUCGAGAACAACCACGGAGUCGAGAUGAACGAGGCGAGCAAAGCCAAGAUCUUCGGGAAAGACUUCAUCGGGUGGGCGAACCCGGAAGCUGCCGACGACUCCAUGUGGGAAGACGCCGACGACAUACUGCUUCAGAGCCCGGUGAGAGACACGCAGGAUCUCACGGAGGCUUUCGAGGAAGCGACGAGCGAAGGGAUACAUAGUUUAGCUCUAGGCGCGUUGGAUAAUAGUUUCUUGGUUGGGAGUAACGGUAUUCAGGUUUUCAAGAACAUGAGGGAAGGGAUUCAAGGGAAAGGCGUUUGUGUUAACUUCGAGGGUAGUUACGGUGGGGUCCACUCGGAACCGAGGAAGGCUCUUCUCAUGAGAGCUGAGACUAAUAUGCUGCUAAUGAGUCCAAUGAGUCAGAACCGAGGGGUGCAUCAGCUUGAUAUCGAGACGGGGAAGGUUAUUUCGGAGUGGAAGUUUGAGAAAGAUGGGGUUGAUAUCUCUAUGAGUGAUAUUACUAAUGACGGUAAAGGUGCACAGUUGGACCCGUCUGCGUCGACCUUUCUUGGUUUGGAUAACAACAGGCUUUGCAGGUGGGAUAUGCGUGACAGGUACGGGAUGGUUCAGGAUCUCGCUAGUGCGAAUGCUCCGGUGUUGAGCUGGCAACAGGGGCAUCAGUUUUCUAGAGGGACGAACUUCCAGUGCUUUGCGACUACUGGUGAUGGCUCGAUUGUUGUUGGUUCUCUUGAUGGGAAGAUUAGGCUCUACUCGAGUAAUACUAUGAGGCAGGCGAAGACGGCUUUCCCUGGACUCGGUGCGCCUGUGACUCAUGUGGACGCUACUUACGAUGGGAAAUGGAUUGUUGGUACGACUGAUACGUAUCUGAUUGUUAUAUGUACCCUUUUCACUGAUAAGGCUGGUAAGACGAAGACUGGGUUUGAGGGUCGCAUGGGGAAUAAGAUUGCUGCACCGAGGUUGCUGAAGCUGAGACCUCUCGACGCUCAUUUAGCUGGUUCUAACAACAAGUUCCGUAAUGCUCAGUUUUCAUGGGUGACGGAGGAUGGGAAACAAGAGCGUCAUGUGGUGGCAACUGUUGGCAAAUUCAGUGUGAUAUGGAACUUUCAGCAAGUGAAGAAUGGAUCUCAUGAAUGCUACCAUGAGCAGGAAGGGCUGAAGAAAUGCUACUGCUACAAGAUAGUCCUUCGGAAUGAAUCCAUUGUGGACAGCCGUUUCAUGAACGACAACUUUGCAGUCUCUGGCUCGCCUGAAGCGCCUCUGGUCAUUGCAACUCCCAUGAAAGUCAGCUCUUUCAGCUUAUCCAGCAAGCGAUGAAGCAAGCAAGUGAUUGAUUGACUGUUAGUUUUAUAUAAUUCGGAUUCUAGUCUGUUUGUAACCAUGUGAAAUUCCAAUGUUCUGGCUCUUAGUACGUUUGUUAGAUUUCGAGAAAAGACAUGUAGAGAUGUUGGUAAACUACUUUGGUGUGACUUUGACUUUUAAGUUGGCCAUAUUUGGUUUUCA